AUCUUAACAGGUUAAUUGAAGUUUUCUUUUUUAUUUGACUCCAACAAAUUACAUCUCCCACUUGAGUGGACAACUAAGGAGUGACUCUGUCUCUCCUCUUCUUAGCCGACUCUAAUCCCCAAAUCCUAUUCAAGGUCAACCAGACUCUAUGACACAGUUAGUUAGACUCAAUGCUUAACGGUGACACCUGUCUAGUUGCAUUUGGAUGAUAUUUCAAUAAUAAACAAUGAAAAAAUGAUUUACACAAUAAAGCCGCGGUUGCUGUGAAUGAACAGUUGCCAGUCGAAGAGGAUAAAGGGAGAAUGGACUUUACAUUACAUUAACAAAGAAUCUCCCUUUGAGAUUUGUCUUUCCAGGGUGAACAGAUCUGCAGCCAUGACAACCUCGACCCCCCUUCAAUCCCUCGCUGUGUCCCCUCACGCCGCAUCCACGGACAGUGAAGAGUCCAGUGACGAUGACUCAAGUGGAUCUGGAUCAAACCCUCAUUGCCUGCUCAACAUGAAUAACAGCAAUAACAAUGAGGAGGAGAAAAAGAAAAAAAGGAGAAAGGAGAAAAAAGAGAAGAAAGAGAAGAAAGAGAAGAAAGCGUAA